CGGCGCUGUAAACUUCUGUUUAUUCUAGCUAAUAAUUGAGCCCACACAACCGGGGUUUCUACUCUUGAUACAGUGACACUUCAAGAAAAACACCCUGGUGAUGCCAGAUUCCCAGCCAUCCCAGAGACUGCUAACGAGCUGAGCCACCCUAACGAUGAAUCGUCCAAAGCCUACAACUUUAAGACGCCCCAGUGCUGCAAAACCAUCGGGUCAUCCUCCCCCGGGAGACUUCAUAGCUCUAGGGUCAAAAAGUCAAGGUGGAGAGACCAAAGCCCCCGCUGUUCUCCUGAAGCCAGCAUCCACAGGUUUACCCGCUGACCGCAAAAGGGAGACCUCCUCAACCCUACCCUCCUCUUCGGGUCUUUCUAGUCUGAGCAAACGCCCAAAACUUUCCUCCACCCCUCCAGUGAGUGCCCUCGGACGACUUGCAGAUGUUGCAGCUGUGGACAAGAGGGCCAUAUCACCCUCUAUUAAGGAGCCCUCUGUGGUACCUAUUGAAGUUCCACCUGCAAUGUUGCUGGAUGAGAUAGAUGCAGCAGAGUCUGAAGGAAAUGAUGACCGCGUUGAAGGGCUGCUGUGUGGAGCAGUCAAACAGCUCAAGAUGAACCGGGCCAAGCCUGACAUCACACUGUACCUAAGUCUCAUGUUCCUGGCCAAAAUCAAGCCCAAUGUCUUUGCCACUGAGGGCAUCAUUGAGGCCUUGUGUAGCCUUCUACGUCGGGAUGCUUCUAUCAACUUCAAAGCAAAGGGCAACAGUCUUGUCUCUGUGCUUGCUUGCAACCUGUUGAUGGCUGCCUAUGAAGAGGAUGAAAAUUGGCCAGAGAUCUUCGUGAAAGUGUACAUUGAGGACUCCCUGGGGGAAAGAAUCUGGGUUGACAGUUCCCAUUGUAAGAAUUUUGUUGACAACAUUCAGACUGCUUUUGGUACCAAAAUGCCCCCUAAAAGUAUGCUGCUACAGGCUGACACAGGCCGCACUGGUGGAGAUCUGAGUGCAGGUAGUAGCCCUCACCCUUCAACCCCAGAUGAGGAUGACAGCCAGACUGAGUUGCUGAUAGCAGAGGAGAAACUUAGCCCUGAGGACGAUUGGCAGGUUAUGCCAAGAUAUGAGGAACUGGCAGAGAGUGUGGAGGACUAUGUGCUUGACGUCCUUCGGGAUCAAUUGAACCGGAGGCAACCUAUGGACAAUGUAUCACGGAACUUGCUGCGUCUGCUCACAGCCACCUGUGGUUACAAGGAGGCACGACUCAUGGCUGUACAGAGGCUAGAGAUGUGGCUGCAGAAUCCAAAGCUGACUCGUCCAGCUCAAGACCUUCUCAUGUCUCUGUGUAUGAACUGCAACACCCAUGGAGCAGAUGACAUGGAGGUGAUCUCCAACCUGAUUAAGAUCCGGCUGAAACCUAAAGUCCUCCUUAAUCACUACAUGCUCUGUGUCAGGGAGCUGCUGAAUGCACACAGAGAUAACCUGGGAACAAUGGUAAAAUUGGUGAUCUUCAAUGAGUUAUCGAAUGCCAGGAAUCCCAACAACAUGCAAGUCCUCCACACAGUGCUGCAGCACAGCCCAGAGCAGGCUCCAAAGUUCUUGGCCAUGGUGUUCCAGGAUCUUCUUACAAAUAAAGAUGAUUACCUUCGUGCCUCCCGGGCUCUGCUUAGAGAGAUCAUUAAACAGACCAAACAUGAGAUCAACUUCCAGUCUUUCUGCUUGGGUUUGAUGCAGGAGAGAAAAGAGGCCACAUACAUGGAUAUGGAGUUCAAGGAGCGAUUUGUUAUCCAGGUGACAGAUUUGUUGACAGUCUCCAUGAUGCUGGGCAUCACGGCUCAGGUCAAAGAAGCUGGCAUCGCAUGGGACAAAGGAGAGAAAAAGAAUCUGGAGGCCCUGCGUGCUUUUCAGAAUCAGAUAGCUGCCAUCCAGAGAGAUGCUGUGUGGUGGCUUCACACAGUGGUUCCCACUAUCAGCAAAGUUGGUGCCAAAGACUAUGUCCACUGCCUUCACAAGGUACUUUUCACUGAGCAGCCUGAGACCUACUACAAAUGGGACAACUGGCCACCUGAAAGUGACAGAAAUUUCUUUCUCCGCCUAUGCUCUGAGGUGCCUUUGCUGGAGGACACACUGAUGCGCAUUCUGGUUAUUGGGCUGUCGCGUGACCUGCCCCUGGGCCCAGCAGAUGCAAUGGAGCUGGCAGACCACCUGGUCAAAAGGGCAGCUGGUGCUCAGUCUGAUGAUCUGGAUGUUUUGAGAGUGGAGAGGAUCCAACUUAUUGAUGCAGUUCUGAACCUGUGCACAUACCACCACCCAGAGAACAUUCAGCUUCCUGCUGGGUACCAACCGCCAAACUUGGCUAUAUCUACGCUGUACUGGAAAGCAUGGCUCCUGUUGCUUGUGGUGGCUGCAUUCAAUCCACAGAAAAUAGGUUUAGCUGCCUGGGAUGGCUACCCCACACUAAAAAUGCUCAUGGAAAUGGUUAUGACUAAUAACUAUUCCUACCCUCCCUGCACUGUUGCGGAUGAAGACACAAAGACGGAGAUGAUUAGCCGGGAGCUGCAGAUCUCUCAGAGGGAAAAGCAAGAGAUCCUGGCAUUUGAGAGCCACUUGGCUGCAGCAUCCACCAAACAGACCAUCACUGAGAGUAACAGCUUGCUGUUGUCGCAGCUCACCAGUCUGGACCCACAGGGUCCUCCUCGUCGGCCUCCGCCCCAGGUUCAGGAGCAGGUAAAAAGCCUCAACCAGUCCCUGCGCCUGGGCCAUCUUCUGUGUCGCAGCCGCAACCCAGACUUCCUGCUCAACAUCAUCCAAAGACAGGCUUCUUCUCAGUCUAUGCCCUGGCUGGCUGAUUUGGUCCAGUCCAGCGAGGGGUCCUUGGAUGUUCUUCCUGUGCAAUGCCUAUGUGAAUUCCUUCUCCAUGAUGCAGCAGAUGACAGCUUGCCGAUUGAGGACGAGGAUGAAGGAGAGAGCAAAGAGCAAAGGGCCAAGAAGAGACAGAGACAACAAAAGCAGAGACAGCUUCUCGGACGGCUACAGGAUCUUUUGUUAGGCCCCAAGGCUGACGAACAGACAACAUGUGAGGUGCUGGACUAUUUUUUGCGACGUCUCAGCUCCUCUCAGGUGGCAUCAAGAGUCUUGGCUAUGAAGGGCUUGUCCUUGGUGCUCAGUGAAGGAGGUCUGAAAGAUGGAGAAGAGCGGGACCAACCCAUGGAAGAAGACUCUGCAGAUGCUGAGCUCUUGCCAGGGUACCAAUGGCUCUUACAAGACCUCCCCAAGCUCCCCUUAUUCGACAGCGUCAGAGGCAUGACGUCAACCUCUCUACAGCAGGCCAUUCACAUGGAGACUGAUCCACAGACCAUCAGCGCAUAUCUCAUCUACUUAUCCCAGCAUGCACCAGUCGAAGAGCAGGCUUCACAUAAUGACCUGGCUCUGGAUGUGGCUCGUUUAAUUGUGGAGCGCUCAACCAUCAUGAACAGCCUGUUUUCCAAGCAUUCCUGCCGACCCGAGUCUGAUGCCGUGCUCUCUGCUUUCCUCACUAUCUUCUCUUCUUACAUCAAGCGAAUGAGGAAGACCAAGGAAGGAGAGGACCUCUACAGCUGGUCGGAAUCACAGGACCAGGUGUUUCUACGUUGGACUACAGGAGAGACAGCUACCAUGCACAUACUAGUGGUCCAUGCCAUGGUUAUCCUACUCACUCUGGGGCCACCCAAAGGAGAAAGUGACUUCUAUUGUCUAUUGGACAUUUGGUUUCCCGACAAGAAGCCUCUCCCUACUGCCUUCCUGGUUGACACAUCAGAAGAGGCACUUCUGCUGCCCGACUGGUUGAAGCUGAGAAUGAUAAGAUCGGAGGUUUCCCGGCUGGUGGAUGCAGCCUUGCAAGACCUGGAGCCUCAGCAGCUUUUGCUGUUUGUGCAGUCUUUUGGCAUCCCAGUAUCCAGCAUGAGUAAACUUCUGCAGUACCUGGAUCAGGCUGUGUCUCAUGACCCACAGACAUUGGAGCAGAACAUCAUGGACAAGCACUACAUGGCUCAUCUCGUCGAGGUGCAGCAUGAGCGAGGUGCCACUGGAGGGCACACUUUCCACUCACUGCUCAGCUCCUCCCUGCCUCCACGCAGAGAUUCUGCUGAUGUGAGUAAGGCCAAAGUUACAGUGGAAACCCCUCAUAGCUCUGUGAAGAUGAGAGCGGCCAUUCAAAUUCCUGUAAUUGGACGUGAAGAUGAUCUCACUGGCUUACUGCUUCAGAUAUUCCCCUUAAAGGUAGACCCUCGCUGGCAUGGCCCACCUCCCAGCCAGCUCUCCCUGUCUCUGCAGCAGGCCUUGGCCAAAGAGCUUCUCCGUGCCAAGCAGGGCAAUAUUCAGCAGAGUGGGUUGGCAAUCCGUCUGCUGCAAGCCAUAGCAGCCCUGCUCACCUUUGCUCAUGCAGGGCCUAUUGUCAUGGCUAUGCACCACAGCCACGCCCUCUCCUGUCCUCUGAUGCGUCAGCUUCACCUUUACCAGCGUCUCGUUUCCCAGGACAUUGUCUUCUCCACACUAUUCCUCAAAGUCAUUGUGGAGAUGUUGACCUGGCUCGAGAACCCAAAUGUGGAAGCUGGACCACUAAAGACCCUACUCAAAUCCUUUGCUGGCCAAUAUUCUCACAAACAUAGGCAUGGUGACGUUCGUACAGGCUUCCUUCACCUGGCUGAGGCUUUGGCAUAUCGCCAGGAUACCGAGGUUCCAGUGAGAGCGGUCAUCGCCAUGCUGAAGGCCGGGGAAAGAUGUAAUGCAGAGGCUGAGCUCAUUGGCAAAGUGUUACAGGGGCUGAUGGAGGUGAAGUCGCCUUAUUUGGAGGAGCUGCUGUCUCUGCUAAUGACUAUUGGUACACAGAAUGGUACGGCUGGUCCUGUUGCCAUGGUGAUUUCAUUGCUGCUUCAGGAGAGUGAGGAGCGGGCUGUGAAAAUGGAAGCCGAUUCUGACAACUCUGAGGUUACAAAGACAGGGCUGAGUUCAGGGCUGCUGGUUGAUUGGCUGGAACAUCUCGACCCUGAGGUUACAUCAUUGUGUCCAGACCUUCAACAGAAACUGCUGUUUGCCCUCAAUAAGGGACAAGGCACCCCCUCAUACAGGCCUUACCUUUUAGCCCUACUGACGCAUCAGUCCAACUGGACCACUCUCCUGCAGUGUAUCGCUUCUAUUCUCAGCAAGCGCAGAGACCAGAGAUUGGACCCAUCAUCAGCCCUGGAUUUUCUUUGGGCUUGCAGUCACAUCCCACGAAUCUGGCAAGGCCGUGACCAGAAGAUCCCUCAGAAGAAAACCGAGAAGUUUGUCCUACGACUGAACCCAGAAGAACUCAUCAGCCUGGUGGACCUGAUACUAUCAGAGUCAGAGCUGAACGCUCAGAUCUCACCCCAAGACAAGAACACCCUGGACCAGGCCUCCUGUUCCCUCAUACAGUCCAGGCUGCCUCUGCUUCAAUCCUGCUGCAGCGGGGACCUGGAGAACAUCAAGAAAGUCUCAGAGUACCUCAUCAACUGCACAAAGAAAUGGGGGGACAGUCCAAUGAGCAAGCGGUGCCAGAACCUGCUGCUGCAGAUCUACCUGCACUUUCCUGAAGUCAUACAGCAUGUAACCCUACCUGAUGCUAUGAGCAGCGGAGGGGCAGCAGAUGGCAGCACCUGCAAGCAUGCAGACAUCUUGCUUCACAAGGCGUUCUUAGUGGGGAUCUAUGGACAAAUUGACACCAGUUCAAUGAUCUCAGAAUCUAUGAAGGUCCUUCAUAUGGAAGCAACUACAUAACAACCAUGAAUAAAACUACAUCAGAUUGGAAGUACGGUGAUUUCAUCUUUGCAUUCCAGAGCUAGAUACAUGUCCACUCAUUAUAAUCUGGAAACUGUGGAUUGUACUGACUAAAGAACCCUCCAUUGAGCUUUAUAAGUAUUCUCUUUUUUGGGAAUUUUUUUUCCUCCUUUUUCUCCCCAAUUGUACCCAUCCAAUUACCCCACUCUUUCGAGCCGUCCCGGUUGCUGCUCCACCCUCUCUGCUGAUCUGAGGAGGGCUGCAGACUACCACAUGCCUCCUCCGAUACAUGUGGAGUCGCCAGCCGCUUCUUUUCACCUGACAGUGAGGAGUUUCGCCAGGGGAACAUAGCACGUGGGAGGAUCACGCUAUUCCCCCCAGUCCCCCCCCCCCGCCCCGACCAACCAAAGGAGGCGCUAGUGCAGCGACCAGGACAGAUACCCACAUCUGGUUUCCCACCCGCAGACACGGCCAAUUGUGUCUGUAAAGAUGCCCAACCAAGCUGGAGGUAACGCGGAGAUUCCAACUGGCGAUCCCCCUGUUGGUGGGCAAUGGAAUAGACUGCUAUGCUACCUGGGCGCCCCCUUUAUAAGUAUUCUUGCAGUGUCACAUUUUUCAAUAUUUGGUUUUCUAGACUUAAUACUUUAGGUAUGAAAUUACAUUAUUGUAUAGAUUCGAGGCUUUACUUUUACAGGAGUUAGAUGUGAGAUGACCAUUAAGUGAACUAUUGCCCUUUUUUGUUCUCUGCCCUGAUUUCCUGGUAUUAAUGUCUUGCCUCUGAUUGCUAGCAGUUUUGUUCUCUAACAAUUGUCCCUGUCUGUUACACACUUCAAAAGUCUGGAAGACAGUGCAAAGCAGGAAUUUAGCUAAAUACAAGAAGUAUUUACUGAAUGAUGUUCCUAAUCUCAGUCCGCUGGCACCAUGGGGCCUUAUUUGCUAUGUUUAACACUUCAGAUGUGACAUUAUGAACCAGCUGUUUGACCUCAAAGUCGUUGUCAUUCCACAUUUAAAAUAGGGUAUCAAGCCAAAACAAAAUUGUUGUGUUACCGUUCAAAUACUCAUGAGGUUUUCUGUAUUUAUUAUUUUAUGAGGUUCCUUCAAAGGGCAAAAUCCGAGAUACCCGCAUUUGUUCUGUAUAUUGACAUUGCUUUCCUCUCCCCCAAAUACAUCCUGUCAAUCACUGUAAUGUGAUCUGACUUUAAAAACAAUACAAAAAUGACACGUUUUACAAGAUUACGUGUUUCAUCUUCAUUUUUGCCCUUAAUGACGUUACACAUUAUAACAAUUAAGACAUUGCUCGGUGUCUCACUGCAAAUGCUGCCGUUGCCUUAUUAAAAGAUACAAUUCAGAGCUG